UUGCGUUAGUGUGCGUGAGCAGAGAGCAAGAGAGAGAUAUGAAGCAUUGGGGUGUGGUUUUCUUGGUUGUGCUGUUGAUCCAUCAACAGGGUACCCUUCUCCAAGUUAAAGCAGGGGAUGGUUUCAUCAGAACCAGAGGAGUGAAUUUUGUACUGAAUGGGAGUCCUUACUAUGCUAAUGGCUUCAAUGCUUACUGGUUGAUGUAUAUGGCCUCCGAUCCAUCACAGAGAAGCAAAGUCUCCUCAGCCUUUCAGCAAGCUUCAGCUCAUGGCCUUUCUGUUGCAAGAACCUGGGCUUUCAGUGAUGGUGGUUACAAACCUCUGCAAUACUCUCCUGGAUACUACGAUGAGCAAAUGUUCAAAGGAUUGGAUUUUGUUAUCUCCGAGGCUAGAAGAUACGGCAUUAAGCUUAUAGUGAGCUUCGUGAAUAACUAUGAAAACUUAGGAGGAAAGAAACAGUAUGUAGACUGGGCUAGAAGUCAGGGUCAGUACUUGACAUCCGAUGAUGAUUUCUUCAGAAACCCUGUAGUCAAAGGGUACUACAAGAAUCAUGUCAAGACUGUUCUUACAAGACAUAACAGCAUUACUGGACUUGCUUACAAGGAUGAUCCCACAAUCAUGGCCUGGGAGCUUAUGAAUGAACCUAGAUGCACAUCAGAUUUGUCAGGAAGAACCAUUCAGGCUUGGAUUACAGAGAUGGCUUCUUUCGUGAAAUCAAUUGAUAGAAAUCAUUUAUUGGAAGCUGGUCUGGAAGGAUUUUACGGAGAAACAUCACCUCAGCAGAAGCAAUUCAAUCCUGGUUUUCAAGUUGGUACAGAUUUCAUCGCAAAUAACCAGAUCUUCGGCAUUGAUUUUGCUACUGUUCACUCAUAUCCUGAUCAAUGGUUAUCCAGCUCAAGUGAUCAAACGCAACUUCUCUUCUUGAACAACUGGCUCACUACCCACAUCCAAGAUGCCCAAAAUGUUCUUCGAAAGCCAUUACUUCUCACUGAAUUUGGAAAAUCGAUGAAAGAUCCUGGUUUCAAUACCUACCAGAGAGACCAGUUUUUCAACACAGUAUACUACAGGAUCUAUUCAUCAGCUAGAAGUGGAGGUGCAACUGCAGGUGGCCUCUUUUGGCAGCUUCUUACAGAUGGAAUGGACUCUUUCCGAGAUGGGUAUGAGAUAGUUUUGAACGAGAGCCCCUCAACAGCUAGUUUGAUUGCUGAACAAUCAUACAAGCUUUAUCAAAUACGGAAAAUGUAUGUUAGAAUGAGGGAUGUUGAGAAGUGGAAGAGGGCAAAAGCCAUUAGAAGGGCUCAAUGGUUGGCUAGAAAUAGGGGGCAUAAUAUUGGAAAUUGAGGAAUAGAGUCCUGCCAUAAACUGGAGAAGCUGGUAGUAAGAAAUGUAUGCACAGUAAUUUGAUACAUGUUAAUGUAGUUAAGUGAAGUCUCAAGGAAUCCGUUCUCUCUUAGAGAUGAACA